AUGCAGCGCUGCAUUGAGGACAUUGCAUCAAGCUUGGCGGAGGAUACCGCCUGCGAGCGGCUCAUGAUGGCUGACUUGCUCGGACUUGCAGACCUCCGGCUGAUCGUUCUGCAGUUCAUCGGUUCCAGCCGAGAGCGGCUUGCGAAUAUACAGGUGACGGAGGGCUACUCGAGGCUUGUGGAUCAGCGGCCGCGUCUCCUCGGUGACAUCUUGGCCCAGGCUGUGAAGCCAGGGAAACGCCCACCGCCCGCGUCGGACUUGCCAGAGCAUCUUGAUGCUCUUACUGUCGCGGCCCUCAAGCAGCUUCUUGCAGACCGUGGGCUCCCCGUGGGCGGCAACAAAGCGGCGCUGCUGGCGCGCCUCCGUGUAUCUGCCGCCUCGUGA